AUGGUGAAGGAUCCCAAAGUAAAGUCAGAUGCAGAGGCGACUUUCAACGAAAUAUUCCAUGGGAGCAUCGGCGAGGGAACCUUCAUUGCUCGAGUGACCAGUCACCAGGAUGUUGGACAACGAUGGUACCCCGAGUCCACGGAGGGCAUUUCCAAUCUUGUCAAACGACGACUGCCAAAUCAUCUUGAUCAAUUUCACUUUAGUUUGGAUACCACUCUCCAGGGCAAAUACGACUCCUAUGUUGUGACCAAUGCUCCGGAUGGGACAGUGUCGGUUAAGGGGAAUACCCUGAGCGCGUUAUCUUCGGGUUUACAUCGUUAUCUCAGCGAUAUUGCUCAUGUUGACAUAUACUGGUUCAUUGGCAGCCGGCUAGAUGUUGCGCCUCAGAAGUUGCCUCGCCUAACCAGCCCAAUUCAUGGCUCCAGUACAGUCCCUUGGCGAUAUCAUUUCAACACGGUGACUUUUUCCUAUACCACAGCCUUUUGGACAUGGGAAGAUUGGGAAUUACAGCUUGACUGGAUGGCCUUACGUGGAGUGAAUCUACCGCUUGCUUGGGUCGGCCAGGAACGGAUUAUUGUCGACGUCUUUCGUGAGGCUGGCCUCAGCGAUGCAGAGAUUUCCACUUUCCUCAGUGGUCCGGCGUUCCAAGCCUGGAAUCGGUUCGGCAACAUCCAAGGCUCCUGGCAUGGCGAACUACCCCAGACAUGGAUCGAUGAACAAUUUGAACUACAAAAAAAGAUCAUUCGUCGCAUGAUAGAGCUGGGGAUGACCCCUGUGCUGCCAGCAUUUACUGGGUUCGUCCCGGCCAACAUCUCUCGGGUCCUGCCCAAUGCCAAUGUGGUUCGCGGGUCGCAAUGGGGUGGCUUCCCCCUUGAAUACACCAAUGUCACAUUCCUUGAACCAUUUGACGAGAACUUUGGAAAGCUCCAAGCCAGUUUCAUUGGCAAACAGCAAGACGCUUAUGGCAAUGUCAGCCACAUCUACACCUUGGACCAGUACAAUGAGAACGAUCCUUACUCCGGUGAUACGGACUAUCUACGUAAUGUCACUCGCAACACCUGGGACAGCCUAAAGCAGGCGGACCCCGAUGCCGUAUGGAUGAUGCAAGGCUGGCUGUUCUAUGCAAAUUCGGGAUUUUGGACUAAUGAGCGAGUGGAGGCAUAUUUGUCUGGUGUGGAGUCCAAGGACGAUAUGCUGAUUUUGGAUCUGUUUUCGGAAUCCAUCCCAGAGUGGCGCCGAACAAGCAAUUACUUUGGGAAGCCGUGGAUUUGGUGUCAGCUACACAACUUUGGAGGCAGUAUGGGUCUAUAUGGACAGAUCCAAAACCUGACCCAGAAUGCCACCGAAGCGCGACUCGACUCUCCAUCCAUGGUCGGUUACGGUCUCAGUAUGGAGGGUCAGGAGGGAAAUGAAAUUGUGUACGACUUACUACUGGACCAGGCAUGGUCUGCAACGCCAGUGGACACUCGGCAGUACUUUCACAAAUGGGUGACAAGCCGAUAUGCUGGCCAGAAAGAGAUCCCCACUCAACUAUAUGCGGCCUGGGAUUUGAUGCGACAGACAGUGUACAACAAUACGAACCUCACCACUCUGUCUGUGGCAAAGGCAAUUGUUGAUAUUGAGCCCAGGCUCUCGAACCUGGUCGAUGCUGUCGGCACCCACGGGACCAGCCUCACCUAUGAGCCCUCUGUCCUGGUACACGCGUGGCAGCUGAUGUACCAGGCAACAAAAGCAGAGCCCCGACUCUGGUCUAACCCAGCCUACCAACACGAUAUGGUCGACGUGACUCGUCAGGUCAUGGACAACGCUUUCAUUCCGUUGUAUUCGGACCUAGUGGAGUCUUACAACAACUCCCGCUCCACAGAUGACUCCUUAGAGGAGAAGGGAGAGCAGCUCCUACAACUUUUGACUGACCUUGACUCGGUUCUUCUUACCAACCGAAACUUCCGACUUUCGACCUGGAUUGAGUCGGCACGAGCGUGGGCGCAUGGUAACAAAACGGAGAUGGCAUUCUAUGAAUACAACGCGCGCAACCAGAUCACGCUAUGGGGCCCCAAUGGAGAGAUCACUGACUACGCAUCGAAGCAAUGGAGUGGGGUAGUUUCAUCAUAUUACAUCCCACGUUGGCGUAUAUUCAUUGAAUACUUGAAGUUGACUCCAACAGAGUCAUACAAUGCAACUGAGUUGCAUUCACAGAUACGUGCUUUCGAGCUCCAUUGGCAAGAUGAGACCUGGUCAACUCCUGAGCCUGCUGGUGACCAGGUGGACUUGGCCAAGGUUUUGACUCGAGUCGUCCAUCACUGGCCAUCUGUCUUUGGGUUGAAGUGA